GCACAGAAAAGGAGAUGAUUGUAGAAGAGCCCUCCCUCCCCAGAAGAGCAACGUGCUUUGAAUGAGGCUUCCCAGCCUCUUCCACUCCGUCUCACACACUCUGUCACUCUGCUCUCGCUUGUGCACACUGUUGGUAUGCGACCUCGGAGGCGACUGCUCCACCACCUCUGCCUGGAGAGCCGCUGACAGCCAGCAACUGAGCUACACCCCCUUUCCUUCUUUUCAUUUUCUCCCCCUGCUUUUGCAAACACACACCCCCAAAGCACAUUUAAUGCUGAUCCACUCAGGCGCCAUUAUCGGGGGUACGUCUUCGUGGAGUCUUUUGGGUAUUUUUUCUUUGGUCUUUUUUGUGUUUGUGGGGAUUUUUUUCCUUUUUUCUUUUUUUCCCCCUUUUUUCCCUUUCCAACACUGGAUGGUGCAGUAUUCCCGGGGCCUGCGGUGUUACGGCUCGAUUGCGUUUUAUUAUUUAUUUAUCUAUCUUCUUUCCUCUCCCCCCCGCCACUCCCCCCCGUCUGCUCUCUCGAUCCCCCCCUGCUUCUCUCCCGGUGCCGGUGCAGAGGAGCGGCAAGCCGGAUCCCUCGCUCUUGCUUCUUCUGAUGUGGGACUGAGCCUCAUCCGCGUGUAGCAUGCUGUAGCCAGGAGAGAAGAGAGGAGAGGGAGAAAAAAAAGAGAGGGAGAAGCAUCUCUCUUUCCCUCCCUCCCCCUCGUUUCCCGCGGAUUGACUUCAUGGCUUCACUGUACCAGCGGUUCAGCGGGAAGAUCAACACCUCCCGCUCUUUCCCGGUUCCCCCUGAAGCGAGUCACCUCCUGGGCGCCCAGAGCAGCGAGGAGGACGGAGCUGCCGGCAAGACCUCGCGUCCAUUGCAACAGGAAAGCAUCCGGCCCCGCUUCCAGUACCAGCCGCGAAGUGACUGCGAGGAGGAGGAUGAGCUGGUGGGGAGUAAUCCUCCACAAAGAAACUGGAAAGGAAUUGCAAUUGCCUUACUUGUUAUUCUCGUUAUCUGCUCCCUGAUUGUCACCUCUGUUAUACUCCUUACACCAGUUGAAGAUAACAGCUUGUCUCAGAAGAAGAAGAUAACAGUGGAAGAUCUUUUCACCGAUGAUUUCAAAAUUCAUGACCCAGAGGCUAAAUGGAUAACUGAUAAAGAGUUCAUCUAUAGAAACCGGAACGGCACAGUAAUCCUGAGGAAUGUUGAAACUAAUAAUUCGACAAUAUUAAUAGAAAACAAAAAAAUUGUCUCCUUAAAGGCUGUUCGAUAUGAAGUGUCACCUGACCGGGAAUAUGCCCUUUUUGCCUUUAAUGUUGAACCUGUGUAUCAGCAUUCGUACACGGCAUAUUAUGUCCUCAGCAAAAUACCUCACGGGGAUCCCCAGAAUUUGUAUCCCCCUGAGGUCACCAAUGCAAAGCUUCAGUAUGCUGGUUGGGGUCCAAAAGGUCAACAGCUGAUAUUUAUCUUUGAGAACAACAUCUACUACUGUGCACACGUGGGGAAGCAAGCCAUCCGAGUGGUCUCCACAGGAAAGGAAGGUGUGAUCUUCAAUGGGCUCAGCGACUGGCUGUAUGAAGAGGAGAUCUUGAAGACUCAUAUUGCUCAUUGGUGGUCUCCUGAUGGCACCAGGUUAGCAUAUGCAACAAUUAAUGCCUCCCGAGUCCCCACCAUGGAGAUCCCGGUGUACACGGGCAGCCUUUACCCUACUGUUAAAACAUAUCAUUAUCCAAAGGCUGGAAUGGAAAAUCCAACUAUUUCUUUGCAUGUCAUUGGUCUGAAUGGACCUACCCAUGACCGGGAAAUGACUCCCCCAGAUGAUCAGAGAAUGAGGGACUACUACAUAACCAUGGUGAAAUGGGCAACCAGCACCAAGGUGGCAGUAAACUGGCUGAACAGGGCCCAGAACGUGUCGAUCCUGACGCUCUGCGAUGCCACCACAGGAGUCUGCACAAAGAAACAUGAAGAUGAAAGUGAAGGCUGGCUGCACAGACAGAAUGAAGAGCCAAUUUUUUCCAGGGAUGGUCGGAAGUUCUUCUUUGUCCGCGCCAUGCCUCAGGGAGGACGUGGGAAUUUCUACCACAUCGCCAUGUCAUCAUCACAGCCCAAUAGUAGCAGCGACAACUUACAAUCUAUUACAUCUGGUGACUGGGAUGUGACAAAGAUAUUGGCAUACGACGAAAAGAGGCAUAAAAUUUAUUUCCACAGCACAGAAGAUUUGCCAAGGAGACGACAUUUAUACAGUGCAAGCACAAAUGGGAACUUCAACAGGCGGUGCCUGUCUUGUGAUUUGCUUGAAAACUGCACUUAUUUCAGUGCAUCCUUCAGUCACAAUCUGGAAUACUUCCUACUGACAUGUGAAGGUCCCCGAGUCCCGAUGGUGACUGUUCACAGCACAAUCAACGCACAGAAAAUUUUUGAGCUGGAGGUAAAUGAAAAUGUGCAGCUGGCUGUAAAUGACAGGCAAAUGCCAAAGGUGGAAUACAUGGAAAUCAAGAUAGAUGAUUACAAAUUGCCAAUGCAGAUCCUAAAGCCAGCAACUUUCUCGGACGCCGCGCACUACCCCUUGCUUUUGGUUGUAGAUGGGACACCUGGCAGCCAGAUCGUAACGGAGAGGUUCGAGGUGACGUGGGAAAGCGUCAUGGUCAGCUCUCACAACGCCAUCGUGCUGAAGUUCGACGGCCGCGGGAGUGGCUUCCAAGGCACUAAGCUAUUGCACGAGGUUAAGAGGAGGCUGGGUGUUUUGGAAGAGAAGGACCAGCUGGAAGCUGUCCGGACAAUGCUGAAGGAGCAUUACGUUGACAAAAUGCGAGUUGGUGUCUUUGGGAAGGAUUACGGUGGCUACCUGAGCACUUACAUGCUUCCAGCUGUUGAAGAGAACCAGGUGUUUGCCUGUGGAGCUGCUCUCUCCCCACUGUCAGACUUCAAACUAUAUGCUUCAGCCUUUUCUGAAAGAUACUUGGGCUUGCACGGGGUUGAUAACAGAGCAUACGAGAUCACCAAAUUAGCACACAGAGUCUCAUCACUGAAGGAACAGACAUUUUUGAUCAUUCAUGCUACUGCUGAUGAAAAAAUCCAUUUUCAGCAUACUGCAGACCUUAUCACGCACCUAAUUAGGGAAAAGGCUAAUUACAGCUUGCAGAUUUACCCCGAUGAAAGCCAUUACUUUAACAACGCAGCACUGGAGCAGCAUUUGUACAACUCCAUCGUCAAUUUCUUUGCAUCGUGUUUCCAAGUUCAGGACAAACUCCCGCUAGCCCCACUGAAAGAGGAGGAGGACGACGAUUAACUCUACUUGUCCGUGCUAAGCACAAGGCAGAUCUCUCUAACAAUAUGCAACUGGAUCAUUGUCCUGAAGAAAGAGAUGUAACGCUGUUAGCAUGUAUUUAAAGAAAACUGAAAGCAGCUCAUCUGCUUUACUUGACAGCAACUCCUUCCUAAAUGGAAGAACAUUAAGCAUGGUGAACUCAGCAGAAACUGCUGUCUGAAGUGAAUCCAUCACAACCAACAUCUCUUCUUUUUCUUUUUUCUUUUUCCUUUUUUUCUUUCUUUCUUUUUUUUUCCUUUUCUGUUUUGUUUCCUUUUGUGUUUUGUUUGCCACAAAGUGACUUCUAGCUGGAAAGUGGUAAGACAUUGAAUGUGAUGGGACGCCCCGAGAAACCACUUUGAGCACUGGAAGAUUUAUGUGUGUCUUUGCAUUCAAGCAAUCAAGCAGUAGCAGUGAAAUCCAUCAUCCAUAUUAAGGUUGUUGUAGUCAGCCUCACACUCUGUCAGAAAAAAAUUCUGACCUAAUACAUGGAAAAGAUUAUAGCACAAUUGUUUUAAAGGUUACUGAUUCAUAGGUACUUGCCUGCUCUUUCCCAUGUUCAGAAAGUUUGUCACUGCUACAGGACAUACAAACUCAGUUGUACCUGAUAGUGCUAUAGCUACACUGAUCUUUAGCCUCCUCUAAUUAUUUCUUAAUUAUGUAUAGCUUUUACUUCUGUUUUCAUUGGGUCUCGUGCUUACCUUAUUAGCUUCUCAGCUUGUUCUGGAUGGGGAAAAAAAAAAAACCAAUGAAUUAACCAACUCGCUUUAGACCUUAGGGGUCUAAAAGAGGAAGUGGGGUCAAGGUACUCAGACAUUAAAAGAUCUUACAAUAAAGCAAAGGAAAUCUCACAUUAGUGUUCCCAAAGUAUCCUUUGCUUGCAAUAUGGAGUGUUUUCUUUGGCAGCCUUGGCAAAUAGGCACAUAACUGAAGCUAAAUCAGCACAUAACUAAAGCUAAAUCAGCUUCACACAGCGGUAUUUUUAUUACAAUAGAGAACAAUAUAUGAUGGUCACCAUUAUUCUUUUUCUUCUUUUAGUAUUGGAACACUUGUUUGGCAACCUGUCGGGGAGUGUCUGGGUGAGGUUAUGGUAGCAGGAAUUUGUACCAGGUAAUUCACAGACCAUCCCAUGAAGCCAUUUGAACAGAACCAACGUGCAGAGAUUUAUUGCACAUGCCGUCUGCAGCUUCAUUUUAUUCCAGGUCAGCGAUUAGCACAUUUCAAACACAUUUAACGCAUCUCUUCUGCUCAUGCUAUAGUUAUUCCAAGCAUUGACAGACUGAAAGAGUUGGGGCUGUUCAGUCUGGAGAAAAGAAGGCUUCGAGGCGACCUUAUUGUGGCCUUCCAGUAUCUGAAGGGGGCCUACAAGAAGGCUGGAGAGGGACUUCUCAGGAUAUCAGGUAGUGAUAGGACUAGGGGGAAUGGAAUGAAGUUGGAGGUGUGGAGAUUCAGGCUGGAUGUGAGGAGGAAGUUCUUCACUGUGAGAGUGGUGAAGCCCUGGAAUGGGUUGUCCAGGGAGGUGGUUGAGGCCCCAUCCCUGGAAGUGUUUAAGACCAGGCUGGAUGAGGCUCUGGCCAGCCUGAUCUAGUGUGAGGUGUCCCUGCCCAUGGCAGUGGGGUUUGGAACUAGAUGACCCUUGUGGUCCCUUCCAACCCUGACUGAUUCUAUGAUUCUAUGAUAAAAGAAAACAAGAAAGGGGACUAUUUAUUUUUCUUUUCUUUAACAUAUCUAACACUUCAUUGUAGUGGCGCAAAGCAACUUUUAAAGCUUCUUGUGAAAGCAUUCAGCUCUCAGAGAGAAAUCCCACCUUCAUUCCAUGCCGCUCACCAACCACGCCAAGAAUUUUGACUAGUGUCACUCCUUGUAAAAUACUCUGACCAAAUGUACAGCCAGUAUUAAUACUGUAUAGUUCAUUUUUGUUGUAUAUAAAGGAAUGUAAGUCAGUUAUUUGUCAGGUCCCCAAUCCAAUAUUAGUCUUGUGUUCGGCAUGCAUGCAAUACCACUUCUUUGCUGAUCAGGACUCUUUAGACGUACUAGCUUGGAACUAUAACAAUUAAUGUAAUUUCUUUCCUUGUUUUGACAGCUCGAAUAUCAAUGACAGUUUCUACUUUUUACAUAGUCCUGUGGGUAAACUCACAUCCUGGCAGCAAUGAUGAUGUUUCCAUUGUGUUCUUUCGUGUGUCUUUU